AUGAGUGCCUUCCUGGUGGCGGAGCCGGCCAUCGUGUGUGUGGGCGAGAUUGCGGCCGCCGCAGCUCCGGCGCUCGCGCGGGUGGCGGGAGAUGAGGCAGCCGCCGGCAGCGCCGCCCGGGACGCGAGCAACUCUCGCUGGAGGAUUGGCGACAGGGCGCGCGAGGUGCUGGAGGCCGAAUUCAAGCGCGAGCGCUUCCCCUCGGCGAGCCAUCGGCUCAAGCUCGCGCAGGCGCUCGACGUGGAGCCGAGGCGGAUCCAAGUCUGGUUUCAGAACCGGCGGCAGCGCAACAAGGGCCCAGAGCCCUCGCGCUCGGCGUCCGCGGGGCCGGCCAGGUCGCAGCAGCGCGGCUCGCACGUCGAACUCGCCCGCCCGAGCUGGCGCUUCACUGCAGCGAGCACGGGGCGGACCUCCAGCUGA